GAACAACAGCUGAUACUCCGUGUGUUUACGCUAAACGCUUAUAAACCCUAGACCCGACUUCACUUUUCAAUUGAGUCUGCAAAACCCUAGAAAAUUCAAUUACUCAAUUAAGAUCAAAAUGAAAUCAGUAUCAGCACACGUAGUAUCAUCAAAGCCAGUCUCUUUAGCUGCAGCUUCCAGAAUCCUCUCCAAUUUCGUCUCUAUGGAGAACGGAGCUUCUCACGCCGUCUCCGUCUAUCUCCGCCGCGCCGCCACCUCUUUUGCCAACUUGAAUCAGUUCCACAAGGACCUUAAAUCAUCCUCGUCUACUAAGUCCCUCAAAAAGCACUCUCAAAUCAUCGCAUUUGAUUUCGGACAGGAUGAGACGGAGAUUAAAGGGGAGGGGAAUGAAGUGGAGGAGAUUGAGGGAAAUGAUGGAAUUGAGGUGGAAAAGAGUGAGGUCAAUAAGAAGAAAAAGAAACGGAAAGGCGAGGAGAUUGAGGGCAAUUUUUCGGGGGAGUCUGCGGAACAGAGUGGAUUGAGUAAGAAGAAGAGGAGGAAGACGGAAGGCGAUUGAUAGGCGCGGUGAUAAUGUGUGUUUUUAUAUACUGUUGUUAUUUUUAUUAAUCAUGUUAUCCGAUGGAAGUUCUUUGGGAUAGUUGGGCAAUUUUGCUAUAUGGUGGUGUGCGAGGGAGAAAAAUAUAAUGAGAUUUUCUAUGUUAGUUAUGUACUUAGUCUCUGAUUGUGAUGGUGUAAUCACUCUUAUCUUCUUGGUAUUUUUUUUUAGUUUUCGAGUUUCUUGAUUAUGUACUAGUUUACCAUCUGUGAACAAGUUGACGCAAGGCCUUUUAUUUGUUUUA